AUGUUAAAUAGGCAGAGCUUUCAUUUGAGGGAUUAUUUGUUACGUCGAAAAAAGGAGAUCCUUGAAAUUAUUAAAAAACAAAAUGAUAUAGAAGAACCGAUAGAAUUAAAAACAUUACGAAAACUUUACGACAAUGUGCAAAAAGAAUUAAUAUCUAUCGAAGAAGAUUGCAAUAAAUUUUGGGUAGAAAUGAAAUUAGAUUUAUUAUUAGAAACCAAAUAUCGAUCUGAACCAUUGUCAGAUAGAUUUUCAAUCAAAAUUAAAACACCGUACGAAGCAUGCAAAAAUGUUUUAUUAAAAAACGACGAAGAUAUUUUUGUUGAACGUUGCCAUUGUACGUGGAAAAAUAUAUCUAAAUCAAUUAUUGAUGAUGAAAGGAUUAAAUCAGAAAAAUUAGAUUUCAUACCAACGAAAUUUGACAAUACCGAUUUAAAAUUUAAACAAGAUUUAAUGGAUUUACGAACUAAAGUGUUCUCUUUAGUCAACGACGAAACAAAAACGAUUUGUCAAAAGAUAAAAAUGAAAAAUACAAUUUUACCGACGAAUAAAAGUUAUCUUCAAAUCGUUAGAAAGUAUAAAAAUUCGUCCAUCGAUUCAAAUAAAAUAAAUUUAUCACAAAUUCAUAGUCUGAAAUAUAUACUGGGAGAAUUAACAGAAAACAAAGGAUGGUCUACUGUUCUCGAUAUUAAUGGUAAUCAACUUAGAUCUAAAUGGUAUUUGAUUGUGUCACCACAAAUAGAAAAAUUAUUGAAGAAACGACGGAUAUAUUCCCUUCAUUUGGAUCCGUUAAGGGUUUUUCAUUUUCUAUUAUCCAUACCUGAAAGUGGAAUACAUUUUAAAUUGUCGAAGGAAGAUCUGCUUUUUUUAUUGCAAGAUAUUGACGAGGAAGGGCCUUGGUUAACAAGUUGGAAACAACAAUUAAAAACUGUGGAUAAAGAGGAAAUAGCCGCCAUUUUGAUACAGUCUUGUUGGCGUGGUUAUUUGCUUCGUAAACAAUUGAAGGAAUCAUAUCGUCGUUAUAUAGCAGCUAGCGUAUUAUGGUAUAAAUGGUUAUCGAUUAGAGAUAAACGUAAGAUGCAAACUGAUUAUUUGGAAAAAAUGUUAACUUCGUUGAACGUAGUUCGAAAACUUAAUGAAAAAUUUAUGGACGAAUUAAACGAUUUAAUAAGACAACCGCACGUAAUCAUUCAUAUACCAUCGAUUGGUUAUCCCGUUGAUAUUCGUCGAACGUUUACUCCAAAAAUGCUUGCUAUUUAUCAACAUACAAUGAGUUUGAGAUUAUCAUUUUUACGUAAUCCAAUGUCUGAAAUUAUUUAUAUUCUGCCUGUUGAAGUUACACAAGAUUUUUUAUCUAUGUACGUUGACAUUAUCGAUUCUAUAGUUUCACAAGAACGUACAAAGAAUCGUAUAACGUUUCUUCCUCUUUCACAAGCUAAAACACUCGAGCGUACACACAUGAACGUAUCUAGGAUUUUACAUUGUUCGGAGGAUACUUUGAUUGCUAUUAGAAAUAAAAUCAAUGGGAAACCAGCUUACAUUUUACCAUGGAUUAUUGAUGAAUGUGACAUUAGAAUAUCGGACAAUUUACGUAUCCCAUUGCUAGGACCGGAUAUGAUAUUGCAACAAAAAUUAUUAAAUCUAUCAAGAAUGUCUGAGAUAAUCGAUGAUCUUGGUUUACCACAGCCGGCACAUUCUAAAGAUAUACGAGAAUAUUCGAAGCUUUGUUCUAAACUAGCCGAAUUAAUAGUAUUAAACACUGAUAUUUGUUUAUGGUUGAUCAAAGUGAAUUUCGGUUUACAGACUAAGCACUGUGGUGUAUUUCUGAUCAAUCACAUUAGUAUACCAUUCAUGCCUGCGAUCAGGGAAACAAGAAAACGUUAUGGCAACGAAUGGUUAAGUAAUUCUCAUCUACGAGAAGAAUAUUUAAAUGCUUUGUUAAUUCAUUUACCAAAAGUCGUUUCCAUUGUAACAAAUUUCAACGAAGUUUAUUAUCAUUCCUGGAAAGAUUUUUACAAUCACGUACAAAAGUUUGGAUGCUUGUUGCAAGCUGUACCAAAUGAAAAAAAUUCAAGUAUUAUUUCUUUAUGCCUUUUUGUUCCAAAUAAGAUCACUAUGAAACCGGUCAAAUGGAUUGGUACUUUGAAUAAAAUACAAUUAGAUUAUAACUUUUUAACGUUUGCUUAUAUGAUACCACAAACUUCGGUAAAUAUAGAGAUUUUAAAUCCAAGUGUAAAUAAAGUUGCUUAUACAUUACAACAACUUGGAUAUUUUGGAUAUUUAACUAUAGAUUGUUAUAGUUAUUUCGAUAGUCAUGAAGAAAAAAUAAUUGUUUUAUUACUCGAUGUACAUCCUUAUUAUUCCCAUUCACAACAGUACGUUGAUUGGAUGAAAUUUGUCAUCGAUGGUUCUUACAAUUCAACGACAGAUACAUUUAAUGCUAAUGUCAUUAUACGACAAUAUUCUAAAAAAAGAAUUACAAAUUCGUCAAUAAACUAUACAGAAUGGGAUGAAACUACUGAAAGAACUGGAAUAGUAAUCUGUGAUUUAUAUCAUGAAAAUUUGCCUAAUUAUUCUUGGGCAAAAUUAAAAAUUCUUAUGGAAGAUAUUGGAGUAUAUAAUAUAUAG